UAUUCUGUUUAACUAAGACUAUUAAGUGUUCCACAUUCAAAUGGCGUCUCCCACAGGCAGACCUUGGAGAGGAUGAUCCCUCCACCGCAGGGAUCACACAGAAAGACGAAUACUCCAUGAGGGACCCGAGGCAAUUGCUGGGAAAAUGCUCUUGUACAGCAACAGGAUUUCACGGUGGUGUACACUUGGGACACAGGCGAAGAAAGAAGGACGAUCAGCGGAAAGAAGUUGGACCUUAAAGGAUUGAGGUGAAACCGCCAGGUGUGGCGAAGAGCUUAACAAAUAGACUGCUGCGGUUUGGCCCCUCCAGAGGAGAGAGUGUUUACCUGGUGAAGCUGAACGCUGCUCUCAUUAGUCACACAUGCAGCCGCCUGCCACUCACCAGAGACCCAUGCCGGAGCGCUGAAAGUUUCCACAGCUAUUUCUACCCACAUUCUGGAGAGACACUUGAGGAAUGGCUCAGGCUCCGUGACUGGAUGUAAACUCGGAAGAAUAUGCUGCUGCUCCGGGGACGAUAAGAGGAGUAAUCCUGACCAUAUUUCCACCUGGGGAACACUUCUAUUCCAGCAAACCAAUCAUGGCCAGCAUGGCGGUUCAGCUCCUGGGAUUCUUCUUAGGACUGUUGGGUUUUACAGGAACCAUAGUCGCAACCCUGCUCCCCCACUGGCGCAGCACAGCCUACACAGGUUCAAACAUCAUCACAGUCACUGCCUACAUGAAAGGCCUGUGGAUGGAGUGCGUCUGGCACAGCACGGGUAUUUACCAGUGUGAGCUGUACAGAUCUCUGCUGGCUCUGCCCCAUGACCUGCAGGCUGCCCGGGCUCUUAUGGUGCUGUCCUGCAUCUCCUCAUUCCUGGCAUCUGUGUUUGCUGUGAUGGGGAUGAAAUGCACCCACUUUGCUCAACGUUCAGUGGUCAAAUCACCCCUGCUGCUAAGCGGAGGGGUCGGCUUCCUCUGCGCCGGCCUCCUCUGCCUGAUCACAGUUGCCUGGACCACCAACGAUGUGAUCCUGGAUUUUUACAAUCCCUUCUAUGCCAGUGGGAUGAAGUAUGAGAUCGGCUUGGCUGUGUAUCUUGGCUACACUUCGUCCUUCCUCAGUCUGAUCGGUGGGUCUGUGCUUUGCUGGAGCAGUGGCACUGGCAGAGAGAGAUCGCAGGGUCCCCUCCAUGUGCACAUGAGUCAACCUUCAUCCCCUCCACCUCCCUUUAACAACACAUACCUCCCUGCUCCACUGUACAGGCCACAUGAGGCCCUGAAGGAUAAUCGUGCACCUUCACUUUGCUCUCUUUCCAGCAGUGGCUAUAGGCUUAAUAACUAUGUCUGAAAACAUGACUAAAAAAGAAUCUAUAAUAUAUAUAACCACGUUUUACCAAAAUCAAAUAUUUGCAUACGAAGAAUACAUCAUCUUUGAUGUUAAAGACUUUUUAUCCACUACAAAAACAAAGCAGAACCCAGAACUACAGUCUGCAGGACAGGAAUACCAGGUUCUGUUGUGAUGCCUCUGAUUGUCCAGGAGGUGGCAGCAUGCUACAUAAAAACAAUAACGGACUCUACAGCAGUGAAUAAAUAAUUCUGUCACUUUCUUCUUGUGUUUUUAAUGUUUAAAUUUAGCAGAGAUGAAACAAAAUAUGAUACAUGCUUAUAAUAUUUGUUUCUUUAAAUGAAAAAAGAUUUAUUUAUUUAUACUGAGAUUUUAUGGAACUAGUAUUUAAAUCAGCAAUAAAUGAAAAUUGCAUCUUGAGACAUAUGGAGAGUUGUUUCAUUCAAAAUGAAAUAAAUAAAUACAUAGU